AAUGUGGUGUAACCUGGGUGUAACACAUCACAUAUCAGCUAACUAAGCUAAAGCUAGGCUAACUAGCUGCUACAGAGUGACAUGUAGUCAACUUUACACUCAGUCUCAAUAAAGGAGCUUCCUGACUGAUUGGGACAUGGAGUUAAGAAAUAUCAAGGACCAGUCUCCAUUGGUCCAGGCUAUAUUCAGCCGGAACGCAGAAGAAGUGACAUUUUUGUUGAACCAUAAUGAAGAUGUCAAUUCACUGGACCAAGUACAAAGCACACCCCUUCAUGCUGCUGCUUAUUUGGGUGAUGUCCACACUAUGGACCUACUUAUUGCUUCAGGUGCAAAUGUCAACGCUAAGGACCAGUGUUUGCUGACUCCUUUACAUCGAGCAGCUGCCUCUCGAAAUGAAAAAGCUGUGGAGUUGCUACUAAAGCACAGAGCGGAGGUCAACACACAGGACAAGUACUUGCAUACACCUUUACACAUGGCAGCUGCAAAAUGGGCCAUAGGCUGCGCUCAAGCUCUGAUACCACAUGUGUGCGGCCUGGAUGUUGCCGACAGGUCAGGAAGGACACCACUGCAUCAUGCAGCGCACAGCGGCCAUGAAGAGUUGGUGAACUUGCUCCUGAGCAAAGGUGCCAAUGUGAGUGCCAAAGAUAAGAAGGAAAGGCAGGCAAUCCACUGGGCUGCAUACAUUGGCCAUGUGGAGGUGGUGAAGCUGCUGGUGUCUCACGGUGCUGAUGUCAUGUGCAAGGACAAAUGUGGUUACACUCCGCUCCACGCUGCAGCUGCCAGUGGACAGUUAGACGUGGUCAAAUAUCUAUUGAGAUUGGUGGUGGAGACUGAUGAACCUAACAUUUUCGGGAACACAGCGCUCCACAUGGCCUGUCACACGGGGCAGGACACUGUGGCCACUGAGCUGGUGAACUGUGGUGCCAACAUCAAUCAGCCCAACCACAACGGCAGCACGCCGCUGCAUCUGUCUGCCGCCUCCUCCAGCGGGGUGCUGUGUCUCGAGCUGCUAAUCAACAAUGGUGCUGAUGUCAACGUGCAGAAUAAGGAAGGAAAGAGCCCUCUCCAUAUGGCUUCUAUGCACGGGCGGUUCACGGGCUCCCAGAUUCUGAUUCAAAAUGGCGGGGAGAUUGACUGUGCUGAUAUGUUUGGAAACACGCCUCUUCAUGUUGCUGCCAGAUAUGGUCAGGAGUUGCUGGUCAGCACUCUUCUGACAAACGGUGCUGAUAAGACCAGACAGGGGAUUCAUGGGAUGCUUCCACUGCAUUUGGCGGUGCUCUACGGAUUUCCAGACUGUUGUCGAAAGUUACUGUCCAAUGGCCAUUUUUACAUCAUGCCAUCUCAAGUGCCGUCAACUGGGGAUGAUAUAAACUUCUUAGACGACCACGGUAGGACUUGCCUGCAUGCAGCUGCUUCUGGAGGAAAUGUUGACUGUCUGAACUUGCUGUUAAAUAGUGCUGCUGCUGAACUGGAUGUAAAAGAUCAUUUGGGAAGAUCUCCUUUGCACUAUGCUGCAGCUAACGGUAACAGCCAAUGCACCAUCUCCCUGGUGAGAGCCGGCGCGGAGGUCAAUGAGCUGGAUCUGACGGGCUGCAGCCCUCUGCACUACGCUGCUGCUUCACACACAUUUUGUGGAGAGGAAACGAACUCUGAGCCUGACCACAGUGAGAGAAAGGAACAAGAAGCCUCUCUGUGUUUAGACUUCUUGCUUGACAGUGGGGCGAACCCAACUCUGAAGAACAGUAACGGUUACAGUGCCGUCCACUAUGCAGCAGCUUACGGCAACAAACAGCAUCUGGAACUGCUCCUGGAGAUUUCGUUCAACUGUCUAGAAGAGGUUGAAAGUAAUAUUCCAGUCAGUCCUUUGCAUUUAGCUGCGUAUUAUGGUCACCGUGAGGCACUGCGGUUGCUUUGUGAGACAUUGGUGAGUCUGGAUGUGCGGGACAUUGAAGGCAGAACUGCCCUCCACCUGGCUGCUCGGAGAGGUUUUGCCCCAUGUGUGGAGGUGCUGCUGAAGCAUCAAGCCUCUUACACACUGAAGGAGCACAAGCGCAAGUGGACAGCUCUCCAUGCUGCAGCUGCUGAGGGCCAAAUGGAUUGUCUGCUUUUACUGGUCAACGGGGAACAAAGUGCCGACAUCAUUGACAGUCCAGAUACACAGGGACAGACGGCUCUCAUGCUGGCAGCUUUGGGACGGCACACCGACUGCGUCCACAUCCUGUUGGAGAAAGGAGCAAAGGCUGAUGCUGCAGACAAAAAGGGCUUUACUGCAUUACACAGAGCUGCCAUGUUGGGCAGUGAGGACUGUGUAUCUGCUCUGUUGGAACAUGGGGCCUCUGCUCUGUGUAGAGACUCUCAGGGAAGGACCCCGCUGCACCUUGUAGCGUCCCGCGGCCACACAGAGCUACUUCGAACUUUGCUAAAAGCUGCUACGAAAGCUGACCCUCUGGACUCCAUAUUGGACUACAGAGGCUACACGCCCGCCCACUGGGCUGCCCACCACGGGCGUGAAGGAUGUUUACACAUUUUACUUGAAAACAAUCUUUUUAGCAACCAGGAGGGAAAUCUCUUCACCGCAUUGCACUGUGCUCUAGUUAAUGGACAUGAUGUUGCUGCUGGACUUCUAGUGAAGACUGUUGGCCCUCAAAUUGUUAACGUUAGCGAUGCCAAAGGAAGGACCCCGCUGCAUGCUGCUGCUUAUUCAGGAAAUGUUGCUGGGCUCCAGCUGGUCCUGGCCCAGGGAGCUGAAGUCAAUGCUGUGGAUCAUUGUGGAUGCUCUGCUGUGAUGGUCGCUGCUGCCUGCGGGCAGACUAUGGCUGUUGAGUUCUUGCUGCACAAAGCGAAGCCAGACCUGACCCUGGUGGAUGUCAAUAAUAACACUGCCCUUCACUUAGCCUGCAUUAAGGGUCAUGAGAUGUGUGCCCUGUUGAUCCUUGGAGAGAUCAGCGACUCCUCCCUCAUAAAUGCAACAAACAGCGCUCUCCAAAUGCCCCUUCACAUUGCAGCGAGGAAAGGCCUGGCGACUGUAGUGCAGGUGUUAUUGAGCAGAGGAGCAGCAGUCAUGGCUGUAGAUGAGGAAGGCCACACGCCGGCUCUGGCCUGUGCCCCAAACAAGAACGUGGCAAACUGUCUGGCCCUGAUCCUCUCCACCAUGAAGCCUUUCCCACCGAGAGAGGCCGGCGCCGGUACAGCCUCUCACUUCAACCCCAUCCUGAAGAACUGCGGCAUUGCUGCCACCUGUGGGUCCAGCAGUAACUUGUGCCACGCCUAAGUCAAGGUGCCACACAGGUGUUUGAUGGAGUGGAAUGUCAUCCCAGUGUUGGCACGAUACUGGAAUUUUGGACUUUGAUACAAUACUUGAUAUUAAAUACCAUUUUCGAUACCACAGGGAAAAAUUGACACAACAUUGAAGGCAUAAAAUCUUAGAUUUGUAUUAAACCGUCAUGUGCUUUUGCUAAAUUUGUAGUGUUGGCACCUUUUCGUUAGCACUGCUCUGUAGCAUGGCUUGCAUAUGGGCUUGCUUGUAUGCUUUGCCUCAAAUGCAGUAUUUGAGUAUUUCGAAACAGCACACCUGCUGUUUUGUAUGUCAACUAAAACCAGUCGCAGAAGCUCUGCACUUGCCAUCUUCAAUGAGCCAACACAAUAACAAAACCUGCAAGUUAUUCUAUUCAACCGGAGUGGUGUGUGUGUGUGUGUGUGUGUGUGUGUGUGUGUGUGUGUGUGUGUGUGUGUGUGUGUG